GUUCAGGCACAAAUGCUUCAACCGGCCAAAGGCCAACAACUGCCACAGGAAAAGCAUAAUCACAUGUGUUCCUGUUUCGUUUGUUCAAAGCUAGAGGUGGACUACCAAGUAUAACUGAACAUGAGUGACGAGGGACAAGAGAAUCCGGGAACGGGACUGAGGGACGUUUUUGACAUAUUAUUUAAGGAGCCCCCGGAGCGACUGUUAAGCCUGACUAUUCAGUUGGGUGAGUCUCUGGAAGAGAACUUCAUACACGCCCUGUGUCUGAUCAUUCUCCAGAAAGAGGCGCAGGCCCUGAACAAACUCCAGUUGCUGAAGGACAACUACUUUGCCAAGCAUUUGGCUGAAAGGUGGAAAACGAGUGGGGGUAAUUUAGCAGAGUUUGGAGCUCACUGUGGAGACUUUCAAGCGUUAACGGGCGAAUCUUUAGCAGUGUUGGCUCGAAUGUUUAAGGUUUUGUCUGAGCGACGACUAUGUGAUCCGCUUCUGAGAAAUCUGGCAUAUCAGAGGGCCCUUUCCAUUGACAGCCAAAAAGCAAGCGAUUGUGAGAAUCUGGAGUAUGAUCCACUCAGAGAGGAAGCUAAAGUUGUCUGUGGGCCUGUGUUUGAAGAGUGGAUGAGCUCAAGAGAUCUCAAGUCAGGGUCUUGUUAUGAUCCUCACAGAAGCCUGGGUGAAGUAAACACAACUUUGAAAAUGAGUAAUAAGCCCAAGAGAGAUUUUAGUCUUGCCAGCCCUCUGCAGGCAAGCUCCUCAAUGCCCUCAUACCCUACUCAUCUAGAGAUUAGCAUACCACCAACAGUCCCAUUUCAAGGAGAAGUACCAGAUAAAUCCAAGCAAAACUCUCACGUCCUCCAUGCACCUGCAUCUCUGUUACCGGCAGAACCUGAGUCUAAAUCUGUUGACCCUAGACUGUUUGAAGCAAAUACAGAAUCAAACAUGGAUGCAGCACUCGCAGCAGAGCCCAGGAAGUUGGAAAGUCAUACUGGUCAGAAUACGACUCCAAACCACACCACCAAACCAAGCAGGGAAUCAAAAAUGCAUCUACAUACUCCAACAGACCCUUCUGUUUCACAUGGAAUGUGUGGAAGUAAAGGUGUAGAAGACGAGGAGGAGGAGACAUUUUAUGCAUUUGUUAUUCUCCAUGCACCAGAGGAUGCAGAUGUGGCUGAAAGUAUGAAGACAAGACUGGAAACAGCCACUGGUUUUGAUGGCGCAACCUUCUCUGAGGACUUUGCCAUCCCGGGUAGGAGCUCUCUGAGGUGUGUGGAGGAUGCCAUCAACAACUCAGCCUUCACUUUCCUGCUACUCACUCGCAACUUCAACACUCGCAUGGUGGAAGUGGAGACAGACACUGCCCUCAUCAACUCCUUAAACAACAAACACAAGCACAACACUGUGAUCCCUCUGCUGCCACAGCAGAACAGCAUUCGAAAGGAAAACAUGCCCAUGGUGCUGAAGACAAUAGUCUCACUGGAGGAGAACAAGAACUUUGAGAGAAAGGUAAAGAGGGUUUUGUCUCCUGCAAAAAUUAAAGAACAGCAGAGAAUCUGGAAGGAGGGACAGAGAAUGAAAAGCCAGAUUGAGAGGCAGAACAAACUAAAGCGGUUGAACCAGUAUCAAAGGCAAUUGAUCCAACAGAGUAAAAUAGCAUGCUCACUGGAGAAAGAGAAUCUGACCCUUUUAAUGGAACAACAUCAUCUUCUUGGUCCCGGUGUUUCACCAGGACAGGGUGACAACGGAGCUAUGAGGCAACAAGCACCAAGCAUUCGUAUUGAACAUGCUCAAUACAUUAUGAUCGGUAAUGACUCUCAGAUGACAGUGGAUCACAGUGGAGGUGCAGGCAAAGAAGACUCCAUUUUCUCAGAGGAGCAGAAAUAAAUUUGGACAAACAUUUUUAAAUGAGGUAUUUUUUGAGAUGUAAGUGUGAAAAAAUAAAUCAUGCCAAUACAGUUUUAUGAUAUGAUGUUUAUAAUGAACACUAUUGAAUAUUGUACUGCUGGUCAAAGGGAUGCAAAUGAAUACUUAGCUGAGGACUGCCAUCUACUGGCAGAUGUGUGUUAUAUAAACUUUCUAACCUCUUCAGCUGUAUGAACACAGUACAGGCACUAGAGUGUGAUGUUGCUCCAUGCUCCUUGUUGCUCCUCCAAAGUACAGUCAUCCAAUAACAUUGCUGCUCCUGAAUGAUACAGCCAAAUCUGAAAAGAAAAGAAAGAUUUAAGUCUUAAAUUUAAGGGGAGUGUGAGUCGAUGACUGUGUGUGUUCAACAGGGACAUUUCAUUUGUAAUUUGUCUCCUUCUCAUUAGUAACACACUUUCAUGUCUAGAACAGGCUACAUAAGAUAUAGUGAGAUACAGUAGAUUCAUUUUAUGCAUUGGCUCAGGUUUAUGUUUAACACAAAUGUCACAGACGUUCCUCUGAAAGGUUGUUUUUGACAGUUUCCAACUAAAAAUGAGGAAUGAAUCUUCAUUAGCACCACGUCCUCAUGUCUUGACUGUUUAUUUCCACUGUCGAGUUCUCCUCUCGUUCCUUAUUUUACUGUAAACAUCUGCUCACGUUUGCACUUUUAUCUGUGUGGGUUUUUUUGUUCAUGUUGUUUCAUGUUUACUUAGCCUUUCUCUUGUUGCUAUACCUCCUCCACAGGAGAAUGACACUAUAGGUGAUGGGAAGGUUUGGCUGCUGGUGUGUUCCUGUGAUAUAAAGUUAAACCCACAUGAAGUUCUUUGCUUGUGUACAAUCUGUGGAUAUGGAAAUGAUCAACCUCUCUUUGGAAACAAUGAUUUCAUGUACUCCGUUUAUUAAAUAACACCAGUGACAGUGUCA